GUCCCGGCUUCGGGUUCCCGCUCCGCCGGCAGCCGCACCUGCUCCAGCCAAGAUGAGCUUCAGCGGCGCUGAGGCGCUGCUGGGCGCCUUCGCGCCGCUCCACGGAGGCGGCAGUCUGCACUACGGGCUGGCUCGCAAGGGCGGCGCGGGUGGAGCGCGCUCUGCAGCCGGCUCCUCCAGCGGCUUCCACUCAUGGGCGCGGACGUCCGUGAGCUCCGUGUCGGCCUCGCCGAGCCGCUUCCGCGGCGCGGGAGCCGCCUCCAGCAUCGACUCGCUAGACACGCUGAGCAACGGACCGGAGGGCUGCGUGGUGGUGGCGGCGGCGGCGCGCAGCGAGAAGGAACAGCUGCAGGUGCUGAACGACCGCUUCGCGGGCUACAUCGACAAGGUGCGGCAGCUCGAGGCGCAUAACCGCAGCCUGGAGGGAGAGGCGGAGGCGCUGCGGCAGCAGCAGGCGGGCCGCGCCGCCAUGGGCGAGCUAUACGAGCGCGAGAUGCGCGAGAUGCGCGGCGCUGUGCUGCACUUGGGCGCGGCCCGCGGCCAGCUGCGCCUGGAGCAAGAGCACCUGCUGGAGGACAUCGCGCACGUGCGCCAGCGCCUAGACGACGAGGCCCGGCAGCGCGAGGAGGCUGAGGCGGCGGCGCGCGCACUUGCGCGCUUUGCGCAGGAGGCCGAAGCGGCGCGCGUCGAGCUGCAGAAAAAGGCUCUGGCCCUGCAGGAAGAGUGCGGCUACCUGCGGCGUCACCACCAGCAGGAGGUGGGCGAGUUGCUCGGCCAGAUCCAGGGCAGCAGCGCCGCGCAGACUCAGGCGCAGGCCGAGGCGCGCGACGCCCUCAAGUGCGACGUGACGUCGGCACUGCGCGAGAUCCGCGCGCAGCUGGAAGGCCACGCAGUGCAGAGCACGCUACAGUCCGAGGAGUGGUUCCGAGUGAGACUGGACCGACUGUCAGAGGCAGCCAAGGUGAACACAGACGCCAUGCGCUUGGCACAGGAGGAGAUAACUGAGUACCGGCGGCAGCUGCAGGCCAGGACCACAGAGCUGGAGGCGCUCAAAAGCACCAAGGACUCACUGGAGAGGCAGCGCUCUGAGCUGGAGGACCGUCAUCAGGCUGACAUCGCAUCCUACCAGGAAGCCAUCCAGCAGCUGGAUGCUGAGCUCAGGAACACCAAGUGGGAGAUGGCAGCACAGCUCCGAGAGUACCAGGACCUGCUCAAUGUCAAGAUGGCUCUGGAUAUUGAGAUUGCUGCUUACAGAAAACUCCUGGAGGGUGAAGAGUGUCGGAUUGGCUUUGGCCCGAGUCCUUUCUCCCUUCUAGAAGGACUCCCCAAAAUCCCCACCAUAUCCACUCAUAUAAAAGUCAAAAGCGAAGAGAAGAUCAAGGUGGUAGAAAAGUUAGAGAAGGAAACUGUGAUUGUGCAGGAACAGACAGAGGAGGUCCAACUGACUGAGGAAGUGACUGAAGAAGAAGAGAAAGAGGCCAAAGAGGAGGAGGAAGGGGGAGAAGAAGCAGCAAAAUCUCCCCCAGCAGAAGAGGCCGCAUCUCCAGAGAAAGAGGAGGCCAAGUCCCCAGUGAAGGAAGAAGGCAAGUCCCCAGAAAAGGCUGAGUCCCCUGUGAAAGAAGAAGCAAAAUCACCAGCUGAGGCCAAGUCUCCUGAGAAGGCCAAGUCCCCAGGAGUGAAGUCUCCAGAGAAGGCCAAGUCCCCUGUGAAGGAAGAGGCCAAAUCCCCAGAGAAGGCCAAGUCCCCAGUGGAGGCCAAGUCCCCAGAGAAGGCCAAGUCCCCAGAGAAGGCCAAGUCCCCAGUGGAGGUGAAGUCCCCAGAGAAGGCCAAGUCCCCAGAGAAGGCCAAGUCCCCGGUGAAGGAAGAGGCCAAAUCUCCAGGGAAGGCCAAGUCCCCAGUGGAGGUGAAGUCCCCAGAGAAGGCCAAGUCCCCUGUGAAGGAAGAGGCCAAAUCCCCAGAGAAGGCCAAGUCCCCUGUGAAGGAAGAGGCCAAAUCCCCAGAGAAGGCCAAGUCCCCGGUGAAGGAAGAGGCCAAAUCCCCAGAGAAGGCCAAGUCCCCAGUGGAGGUGAAGUCCCCAGAGAAGGCCAAGUCCCCUGUGAAGGAAGAGGCCAAAUCCCCAGAGAAGGCCAAGUCCCCGGUGAAGGAAGAGGCCAAAUCCCCAGAGAAGGCCAAGUCCCCAGUGGAGGUGAAGCCCCCAGAGAAGGCCAAGUCCCCUGUGAAGGAAGAGGCCAAAUCCCCAGAGAAGGCCAAGUCCCCUGUGAAGGAAGAUGCCAAAUCUCCAGAGAAGGCCAAGUCCCCAGUGGAGGUGAAGUCCCCAGAGAAGGCCAAAUCCCCUGUGAAGGAAGAGGCCAAAUCCCCAGAGAAGGCCAAGUCCCCUGUGAAGGAAGAGGCCAAAUCCCCAGAGAAGGCCAAGUCCCCUGUGAAGGAAGAGGCCAAAUCCCCAGAGAAGGCCAAAUCCCCAGUUAAAGAAGAGGCCAAGUCCCCAGCUGAGGUGAAGUCCCCCGAGAAGGCCAAGUCUCCCAUGAAGGAAGAAGCAAAGUCCCCAGAGAAGGCCAAAAGCCCUGUCAAGGAGGAGGCCAAAUCCCCAGAGAAGGUCAAGUCUCCUGUGAAGGAGGAGGCCAAGGCUCCUGAGAAGGAGGUCCCAAAGAAGGAGGAGGCAAAGUCCCCCAUGAAAGAGGAAGAGAAACCCCAGGAGGUGAAAGUCAAAGAGCCCCCAAAGAAGACAGAGGAAGAGAAAACUCCAGCCACACUGAAAACUGAGGAGAAGAAGGACAGCAAAAAAGAUGAGGUGCCCAAGAAGGAGGCUCCAAAGCCCGAGGUCCAGGAGAAGAAGGACCCUGCUGUGGAAAAGCCCAAAGAACCCAAAGCUGAAGCCAAGAAGGAAGAGGCUGAAGAUAAGAAAAAAGCAACCACCCCAGAGAAGGAGGCUGCUGCCAAGGGGAAGGAAGAGGCCAAACCCAAAGAGAAGACUGAGGUGGCCAAGAAGGAACCAGAUGAUGCCAAGGCCAAAGAACCCAGCAAAGCAGCAGAGAAAGAGCCGGAAAAGCCAAAGAAGGAAGAGACGCCAGCGGCACCUGAGAAAAAAGACGCCAAGGAGGGGAAGGCCACAGAGGCCAAGAAGCCUGAGGAGAAACCCAAAGCAGAGGCCCAAGCCAAGGAGGAGCCCAGCAAGGAGGCCUCCACACCAGGCAAAGCCAAGGCAGAAAAGGCUGAGAAAUCCUCUAGCACAGACCAGAAAGACAGCAGGCCUCCAGAGAAGGCCACAGAAGACAAGGCCACCAAGGGAGAGAAGUAAGGCAGGGAGAAAGGAACAUCCAGAGCAGCCAAAGAAACUCAGGAGGGUCUGGGAGCUCAAGGGUCGGUGUAACGAAUUUUCAUUUUUUCUCCUUUUUCUUUAAGAAGAAACUCUGCUUAGAACCUCCUUAGGCCCUCCUUCACCAAACAGGAAUUUCUAUUAGCAAUGUGUUAGCAAGAGAGGGUCCUCCCAACCCCCGGCCCCACGCCCCAAACCCUCCCUAGGCGAUGGACAAUUAUGUUAUGAUAGCUUAUGUAGCCGAAUGUGAUAAUAUGCCGAAUGCCACAUGUAAACACUUGACUAUAAAAACUGCCCCCCUCCUCUCCAAUAAGUGCAUUUAUUUCCUGUAUGUGCAACUGACCGAUGACCGCAAUAAUGAAUGAGCAGUUAGAAACACAUUAUGCUUGAGAUGUCUUAACCUAUUCCUGAAUGCCUUCUGUUUUCCAAAGGAGUGGUCGAGCCCUUGCCCAAAGCUCUCUAUCCUGGAAGAGCUGGAGCAGGUGGGGCUGGGCGCUGGCCACUGAACCAUGCCAGGGAGCACUUUUCCACUGGAGUCCACUUUCAAUUGCUUCUGUGCAAUAAA